CUGCCGCCGGACGCGCUGGAUGGGGUGCCCAUGAGCUUCGGCGCGGAGCCGCCCGCCCAGGCCCGGGAGCCGCUCGAUAUGGCCGCGUACUGCGACGGCUCAGGUGUCUGCCCGGCCCAGCACAGCCAGGCCGGGGCCGCCGCGCACCCCGCGGGCUACGCUCGUGGGGAUGUGGCCGCGACGGGUGGCGGCCCGCGCCUGUGGCUGAAUGCAGCCGCUCUCAGCCCCGCGCCCUACGCGCCGGGCCCCGGACCCGCGCCCCCGUACGCGUCCCCCGGCUACGCGGCCCCGGGCCCGCUCCUGGGCGCCCCGGGCGGCCUGGCGGGUGCUGACCUCGCGUGGCUAAGCCUCUCGGGCCAGCAGGAGCUGCUGAGACUGGUGCGGCCGCCCUACUCGUACUCGGCGCUCAUCGCCAUGGCCAUCCAGAGCGCGCCGCUGCGGAAGCUGACGCUCAGCCAGAUCUACCAGUACGUGGCCGGCAACUUCCCCUUCUACAAGCGCAGCAAGGCGGGAUGGCAGAACUCCAUCCGCCACAACCUGUCGCUCAACGACUGCUUCAAGAAGGUGCCGCGCGACGAGGACGACCCAGGUAAAGGCAAUUACUGGACCUUGGACCCAAACUGCGAGAAGAUGUUCGACAACGGGAACUUCCGAAGGAAAAGGAAGCGGAGAGGGGAGGCGAGCGUGGCCGCCCCCUCGGGUGCCCGGAGUCCAGGAGGGACCAAGGGUCCUGAGCUGGAGUCCCUGGGCGCGGCCUCUCCGGACCUGCAGGCCUCGCCCUCCCCGCCCGUGCCCGAGGCUGCCACCUGCUUCUCGGGUUUCGCCUCGGCCAUGGGCGCCCUGGCCGGCGGUCUUGGUACCUUCCCCGGGGGCCUGGCGGGCGACUUUUCUUUCGGGAGACCAACGACGGUCGCCGCCCACGGUUCCCACGCCCCUAGCCCGGCGCCUGGCUUUGCCGCUGGCCAUCAGACGGCGGCCACCGGCUUCCGCGUCGGCCACUUGGUCUACAGUCGGGAAGGGACCGAAGUUUGA